GUGGCUGUGGGCAUAUGCUAUGCUACCUUCAGUGCCUCUGCCUGGUAAGUCCUUUCUGCCACCCCUCACUCUCUGUCAAGGAAGCUCCCGUUAUCUCAUCCCCAUUCACCAUUGCCUCACUUUUUCUCUUUCUGGUAGGUCAGUGAACAAUUUCCUGAUAACAGGUCCCAAGGCCUAUCUGACCUACACUACCAGUGUGGCCCUGGGUGCCCAGAGCGGCAUCGAGGAAUGCAAGUUCCAAUUUGCUUGGGAACGCUGGAACUGCCCCGAAAAUGCUCUCCAGCUGUCCACUCACAACAGGCUGAGAAGUGCCACCAGGGAGACUUCCUUCAUUCAUGCUAUCAGCUCUGCUGGAGUCAUGUACACCAUCACCAAGAACUGUAGCAUGGGUGACUUUGAAAACUGUGGCUGUGAUGAGUCAAAAAAUGGAAAAACAGGAGGCCAUGGCUGGAUCUGGGGGGGCUGCAGUGACAAUGUGGAAUUUGGGGAAAGGAUCUCCAAACUCUUUGUGGACAGCCUGGAGAAGGGAAAGGAUGCCAGAGCCCUGAUGAAUCUUCACAACAACAGGGCGGGCAGGCUGGCAGUGAGAGCCACCAUGAAAAGGACCUGCAAAUGUCACGGCAUCUCGGGGAGCUGCAGCAUCCAGACAUGCUGGUUGCAGCUGGCUGACUUCCGGGAGAUGGGAGACUACCUAAAGGCCAAGUAUGACCGGGCGCUGAAAAUUGAGAUGGAUAAACGGCAGCUAAGGGCUGGGAACAGCGCCGAGGGCCACUGGGCACCCACUGAGGCCUUCCUCCCAAGCGCAGAGGCUGAACUGAUCUUUUUAGAGGAAUCGCCAGAUUACUGUACCCACAAUUCUAGCCUGGGCAUCUAUGGCACAGAGGGUCGGGAGUGUCUGCAGAAUAGCCACAACACAUCCAGGUGGGAGCAACACAGCUGUGGGCGCUUGUGCACCGAAUGUGGCCUGCAGGUGGAAGAGAGGAAGACUGAAGCUAUCAGCAGCUGUAACUGCAAAUUCCAGUGGUGCUGCACAGUGAAGUGUGACCAGUGUAGGCAUGUGGUGAACAAGUACUACUGUACACGCUCCCCAGGCAGUGCUGUGUCCUGGGGCAAGGGCAGCACCAGAUAACACCCCACACAAACUCACUUGCUCAGUUGCAUGACAAUGGAGGGGGACACAGCUUCUCUUUCCGAGAGAGUAGAUUGGAAAAUCACAAUGUUGGUCUGUAGUCCUCUUGAUAUGUGCUAUAUACAUGGGGAAACAGAGGCCCAAGAUUCUACAGCAUAUUCUUGACAGAGCUGAAAUUGGAACCUGGGCCUCCUAACUUGGGCAGAUCCCGUUUCAUCUUUCCUACAAGUUUCAUCCUGGUCUUUGUGCCUGUACUUUUGCAGCUUGCUAAAGGGGGAGUUUGGUUUGGGGUCCACAUCCAGAAGGACCCUCAAAGUACUUGUCCCUGUAAGUUUCAGACCACGUCCAACCCAGCUGUGCUGAGAAUCAGAGGGAAUGGAAAAAAUCAAAGAGUUCUGUCCAAACUCGUGAAGGAGCAACAUUCUCCUACUCUGGCUAGCUCCGGAAAGACCACCUGCAAGUUCAUGCAGAUCAGUAGGGCAGAGACACAUACCUGCCUAAUGGAAAGUUUUCAGGGUGUUGGGUUUUUCACUUGAGUAUGCACUUUUGAAAAGUUCUCCCCACCCAACCUUGGGGAAACCAGGACCUAACAUAACCUGAGGACUCUUCCAGCUCAGAAACCAUCUCUGGAGCUAGGGAGAAGGAACGGUCACAGUAAGUGGACAGGUGACUACAACUUACCCAAACAAGGACCCCCAAGAGGGAUUUUCCCCCAAAGAGCUGGAAAAUGACUCUGUUUUAUUUUCCCAGAUUGGGAACUCAACUUGAUUUUGCAAUAAAUACUUCUAGAAUAUAUAUCCAGCUGAGACCUUUUAUUUCUGUCUUUGGAAAGCUUGGGAUCAGAAAGGGAAUGGGAAACCCUGCUUCUAUAUCCCAAUUAUGCACAAGGCUAAGGGAGAAACUGGAAAUAUCCAACUCCCUUGAGAUCAUUGUUUGACAGUUAAUAAAAUUAAGACCCAGGAACUGGCCAAUAGGAAACCAAUUCAGACUCCUAGAUUUAGAAGGUGUUAUUUUAAUGUAACUUGAGGAACAAGGAAGCCCUUUGAACUUGAACCUUAUUCAAAGAGUGUUUACUCUCUUAACUUGGGCUUCCUGGGGUGUCUGUACUCGGAGGACCUGGGCCCCAGGGCAAGAGACUAGGAAAGUUGUGGAUUCUACCUUCCUCGUUUGCAUUUCUACAUCUUCCAUUGGUAAUCUUUGGGAGAGGAGUAGUUUCCCAUAAAGAGAGCCCUGGGGGCUCAAUCACUGGUCUCCUAAAUCUGAGCAUCUCAGCCUUGGGAGUCUCCUCUCUCCGCAAAGGCCAAGUACCCUGCAGGGAGGAGGUAUUUCAGCUAUGUUAAAUAAACAAGUAAAAUGACUGAUAACCAAGAGUGGUGAAACACUCUCCAUUUAAUAUUUUAAAUUAUAAAACAAUUUAAAUGUUCACUAGUAGGGCAACUAGUUAAAUCGUGACCCCACAAUGAAAUAUUAGCCAUCAAAAUAAUAUUCCAGAGAAAUAUUUAGUAACAUGAAAAACAUGCAUGAUACAAUUAAGUGAAUAAAGUUAGUUGCAAAACAGCAUGUUCAGGGGCUGGCCCCGUGGCCGAGUGGUUAAGUUCGCGCGCUUCGCUGCAGGCGGCCCAGUGUUUCGUUAGU